CUUUUACAGUCCUCGGCUCGGAGAUGGGUCAAGUUCAAAGCGAGGCGGCAGCCGAUGUGGAUCCACAAGCUCACGGCGUCUCCUCCAUCAACUCUCUCAUUUCCGAAGCUGCAGCAUAUGGGAAUGAUGCAACUGAGUCUCUUGAUGCCAAGGCUCAGAAGGCACUGGAGUGCCCUUGCAUAGCUGACUUACGGAAGGGCCCUUGUGGGCUUCCAUUUUCAGAGGCUUUUCUGUGUUAUCUGAAGAGUACUGUGGCAGAGAAGGGAUCAGACUGUGUGCAUCCAUUUGUAAAUUUGCAGAAUUGUAUUAAAGCCAAUCCAGAUGCCUUUUCUAAGGAAGCAGAAGAUGAAGUUAAGAAAGAGGAAAAGAUGACUCAGGAUUACAAAAUCAUCCCACCCUCAUGGUCCAAAGAAUCCUCAAGACCAAAAUCCAAUCUGUAGGAGAAGAUGAGAACCAACCACAUCUGUUUCUCUUAGGAUACAGAAACCAUGAGAAAUAUCUAUUAAUGAAGUUGCCCUGUUACUGAAUAUCUCAAAGCACGGUCCAAAUAUAUUCGAUCCAAAAGAAAGAAUCUGACAAUUGAAGCUAUUUACUGUAGUAGUGAGAACUGAGAGAGGUUGAAAUUCUGGUGCAUGAUAUCUGUAAUGAUCAAAUUUAUGUCCCAUACAGUUCCUUUUUGCUGAAUUGUUACAAGUUCAAAGAUAAGUGAUAUGUAUAGAACUAAAGACUACAGAGGCUAAAGGCCAGUUUGCUCCCCUAUAUUUCACCCCAAUUGUUACAAGUUCAAAACC